UAUAAUUAGGAAGUCCAGCAGGCGUGUUGGUGCCGAUCGCCGAUCCUCUCCGGUUCCUCGCGGAAACACCUUCAUCGCUUCAGGUUCACCUGCUGAAGAUAUAAACACUUACAGCACGAUGAAGAUGAACGAGUCGCUUCACGCGUUUGACUUCGAGCGUCAGUUUAACGAUCGCGCCGCGCAGGAAUGGUUUGAGCAGAACUGGGGAGCAGCGUUUGUUCUGUCGGGUGUGUAUGUGGUGGUUAUAUUUCUUGGACGUGUCUUUAUGAAGGACAGGCAGAAGCUGGAGCUGCGGAAGCCUCUCGUGCUCUGGUCAUUAAGUCUGGCCAUAUUCAGUAUAACGGGAGCGAUGCGGGCAGGCUGGUACAUGUUCAAUAUGGUGCAGUCACGCGGGCUUCAGGAGUCUGUGUGUGACACUGAGUUCUUCAGCGCCCCUGUCAGCAAGUUCUGGGCGUUUGCCUUCACUCUGAGUAAAGCGCCUGAGCUCGGGGACACGGUGUUCAUCGUCCUGCGUAAGCAGCGUCUGAUCUUCCUGCACUGGUAUCAUCACAUCACCGUCCUGCUCUACUCCUGGUACACGUAUAAAGACCGUGUGGCCGGCGGCGGCUGGUUCAUGACCAUGAACUACACCGUCCAUGCAUUCAUGUACAGCUACUACACGGCUAAAGCAGCUGGCGCUCGUGUGCCGCGACCCUUCGCCAUGCUGAUCACGCUCAUGCAGAUCACGCAGAUGCUCAUGGGGCUAAGUUUCGUGGGGCUCCUCUACCUCUGGAAACAUGACAUCCACUGCUUCUCCACCAUGCACAAUAUCAUCUUCGCCUCUGUGAUGUACCUCAGCUACCUGCUGCUCUUCUCCGUCUUCUUCUAUCAGUCCUACCUCAAGCGCUCUGGAGACGAGAAGAGAGUGAAACGAGAGUGAGAAGAACUCAUCACUGCCAUCCACAUCCAUCCUGUUCCGUUCGGUAUGCUCAGAGAUUAAAAUAAGUUUAAAGA